CUGUACUUCCGGACUAUAAAAUGGCUUCUGCAAGCGGGUGCAAGUUCUGUGCCCCUCCGGUUCUGUUUGUGUUAAAUUUAAUAUUAUUGUUAAUAACUGCAAAAUCCGCAUCGGCUUCCCAGGAGAGAACUAAGACCGAGGAGUUUAAUGUCAGACCCGGGGGAGUGGUGCAUUCAUUCUCCCAGAAAAUGGGGGAAUACAGCUGUAGCUUCACCUAUGCUUCCCAGGGUGGCACUAACGAGCAAUGGCAGAUGAGUGUGGGUGUGAGUGAGGACGACAGGCUCUUCUCCUGCUCCGUGUGGAGACCCCAGGGGAAGUCCUACCUGUUCUUCACUCAGUUCAAAGCCGAGGUGACUGGUGCUAAGAUUGAAUACGGCAGUGCGUUCUCCCAGGCUGCAGUCGGAGGACACAAAGACGUGGCACUGAAAGCAGAGGAGUACACAGUGGGAGAAAGCACAGUGACACACAAUGAAGGCAAGUUUCAUGCUGAGCUGUCAAAGCUCACCAUCAUUGCGAGAACACGCCACGACGAGUUCUGAUUGGCCUAAAACUGCAGGGAGGGCGGGAUCAGCUCGGAUUUGCUUGGGACCGUGUGACGGAUUCAAUGAAUCACCGUGUGAAUAAUCUCCACUUCUAGAGAAACCCUGGGAGUGAGACAAGGAUCCCCCAACCCCGUCUAACGAUUCUGUAUAUAUAUAUUUUUACAGUCGAGCAAAGGAAGCGAAGGCCCGUUCUCUGUGCACACCCUGUAUAUUGUAGACUCGCAGAUAUUCUAAACAGUCAAAUAGUUUCAGUACAAAUGAAACUUACAGUACG